AUGAAAACACAAGGUAAUACAGAUGCUCCUAUUAUCCGUUCAGGUGCGCGUAUACGUGAAAGUGUACGAUGUUUACCGAAAGGACAUUUUCAACAAAUUCGACAAAUGUUCGACAAACAAUCGUCAUCGUGUAUUGGUAUGACAACUCUUUCGACCAUUCACGAGCGACGUACAGAAAAAACGAAAUCAUCAAUUUUACUGCAAUCAUCCGUUACUGAUGAUGAAAAAUUGCAACAUUCGAUUUUACAUCAGACUGAUGAUAGUAUGGUGGAAGAAAAUGAUCUUUUUCAUUGUCCAGUAUUGCAUUCCAAGCUUGUAAAUAAAGACACACUUUUAUAUACAGCAUUCGUACCACAACAGAUCAUCUUGACUACUGAACGUGAAAAAUCAGAUCAACGACGGCAAUUAGCUAUGGCUGCUGCUAUUAACUAUGCCGAUAGUUACGAACUGUCGCCCACAUCGAAGUCGUUCAAUCGGAUUGGUAGUACACGUCAAUAUGUAGCUAGCUUACAACGAGGUUCAACUGUCAGCGCAAAGCCAGUGCUGGUCAAAGCAAGUGCGAUACAUUCCCAACCCAAUGCGUCAAUUAUAUACGAUACAAAUAGCGAAUUAUUUCAAUCAACAAAACGACUUCAAUCUUCGGCGUCCCUUUCAUCCACAGGUUACGAUUCGAAUUCGUCGCCAUCAAUAGUUUCCAAACGAAAUUCGUUGGCAACUAAUCAUAGUAUUGAUUUUUCAUCGUCUAGUGACGAACGACAACGAUUACAGCCCUGGAUAUUAUGCGAAUCCGAGCUUGGCACACCUGCACUGAUUGUAAAUUCCUAUUCGAGCGAUGAGGUGUUCGAUAGUCCUUCAAUGAUUAGCCGUGCACAUAUUAAAUUAAACCAUUCACCUACCUCAACUCUUGAACGUCGUCCGGUCUCGGUCAUUCGUCAUACAUCGAUUCGUAAUUCAUCAGUGCUCAAUUCUCCAUCGAUCUCCUCAACAUCUUCAUCUUCAUCAGCAAAAUACAUUGUUCAAACAACGUCGUUUCCUGAGCACACGUCCAACAAUGAAGAUCGAUGUUCUUCAUUGAAUAGAAAACAUACAUUACGUUCAACUGGCUCAACCGGAUUUCAAAUUCAGCGAAGCCCAUCCAUAUACAGCCCCGUUCUCGUGCAAAAGCAAAUUAAUGACCGAGAAGAGAGUCCGCUACCCGUUGUGGAAAAUCCUCUAUUUCAACAAGUACCACCCAAUAAACCACCACGUACAUUCGAACACGAAACUCGAUAUGGUCAUUUGUCAACAACCAUCGAUCAAAAAGUGCCUUCGUCCGCAUCGUCAUCAUCUACCACAAGUGAUUCACCUACAUUUGAUCUCGGUGCUCGUUCUGUAAGUUGUAUGGAUUUGACUGCAGGUGUUUCAAGUGCUUUGUUAUCGAGUGGCCUUCUUGCAUUAGACAAACAGUGUCUCCAUACGGAUCAGUCAGCUGACAUCGUGCCCGAUGAAAAUAUCUACGAAGAAUUAAAAACGCCUUUACCUACAUUAACAAGAGAUGAUGGUGAACAAUUUCAAUUCCAUACUAAACGUGCACAAACAAUGAAAACUAUUUCGUGUGAAACGCGUUUUCAAGCGCCAAUUCCUAAACCAAAAACAAACCGACCUUUCGCCAAUAUCAAAUCUGCGAUGAAGAAAGGUGUCAGUGAACCUAACUUAGCCAAAAGCAAAACGGCAUCGUCAACAUUCUUUUCACCGCGUGGUUUAAUCAAUCGUUUCAAACGAAUUCUUCCAUUAUCAUUGUCCAAACAAUCCUUGAAUGAUAGUCAUGCAGUAACCAUCGAUAGUGAUGAUUCUGGAAGUACAACAUCAGAAACCACUGAUGAUAUCCGAACAUCUCGUUUGGAUCACGUCAGUCGGGUACGAAAUGUGUACGAUACUCUAGGUUCGGGAAGUCAUUUGAGUAGUCUCUUUGCUGAAUUGAAUCAUUUCACAGCUGCAAAUGAAUUGAAAACAUUGUAUGAUUAUGUAGUACAUAUUUUACCUGAACAAGAACUUGGCUAUUUUGCCAAUGGAACUGGCUGUCUCUCAUCAUCAAACUUAAGUACUGAUUUUUCACUUCACACAUCGACUCCUAUUCGCUUCAAAUACCCAUUGGACGCAAAUGAUGAAUCAACAUUGAAAUACUUCUGUUUUCCCGAUCAACAUGAUUCGAACAACAAUCACUACCAUCAGAACACUAGUUCAAUCCUAUCGCCCAAGCGACCACGACCGGAAUAUUUCCGUUUUACCUUAACAGAUAUGCGCGGAUGUCGAAAACAUGGUUAUUGUUCGCGCUUUAUUCAUAAAGGUAUUCUGAAUGCAUUGUGUAUUAUCUCUCCAUGUGAUAUGAUGGAUUUAUACGAAAAAAUCCUUUCCACGGCAACAGAAUUAUUUCUUUUAUAUAAAGAAGAUGAUGCGAAGAAGUUUCUCAAAGAAAUCUAUCCACAUCGAUUACCUAGUCGAGGUGAUACAAUACACAUCCAUACAACGACAGUUGGAUUGUACGGCCUCAAAUGUGAACAUGAUCGACGAAAACAACUGAUUGAUUCUGCUGGAUUAUUGAAUUUAUCUACCGAUACAAUUAUCAAAAUCUUCUCGUCGAUUCUCUACGAACAAAAGUUAAUCUUCAUCAGCGACGAACUCGGACCCUUGACACGCUUGAUCAACACAUUUAUAUGUCUUCUUUAUCCAUUUUCUUGGCCACAUACAUAUGUUCCAAUCUUACCAGCCUUGAUGCUUGAUGUUCUUCAAGCACCAACACCUUAUAUCAUUGGUAUUCUACGUUCCUGUGAGCAUUAUCUCUGUGAAAACGAUGAAUUUUUAUCUCAAGACAACUCGGAUGUCCUUAUUGUUGAUAUUGAUCAUGAUCAUAUCUAUUCCAUUAAUGAUUAUCUUCCGAAUGAAUCCACUCGCAGUUCAUUUGAUAAUCUUCAAUCUCCAUUUUCUCAAUAUCAAAUCCUUCCGAAGAUUUUCAAAGUCGAACUCAAACAAGAGAUUUCAUUCUUACGAAAGAAUCGACAAAUUCUUUCGUUGGACGAAUGUCAACAACGUUUACGAAAUAUAUUCAUGUCAAUCUUUGUACAAUCUUGUUAUAAUUACAAAGAUUAUUUAAAACAAUCACUCGAUUCCGAACAUUUCAUUCGAUCGAAGCCGCGUACGAUUGAAUUGUUCUUAGAAUGGUUUACACGAACACAGAUAUUUGAAUUAUUCAUUCGACAAAAACUGGAUUCCAAUAGUCAAAAUCCAUUUGCAAUUACGUUCGAUUUAGCCUGUGACAAAUACCGCCGAACAUUGAAUAAGUCAACACCACAACGCAUCACAGCUAAAUCUGUUAAACGAAAAUCAGCUGGUAGAGCAAACAAACACGAUCAACGUUUAUGA